AUGGCAAACAUGAACACCGACGCAGAGGAUGAAAUCAAACCCCUUCGACAAGCGAAUAGAGCUUACCGGCGGCAGCUUGCGGAGACGAACGAUGCCCUCAAUUACACCAGACGGCAAUUGGCAUCUGCGCAUGGUCUCAUCGAUCGCCUCAGACACCAAGCCUCAGAGCUCGACACUGUUCCCUCGUCACGAAUCGGAGCCGAAGGGAGAAUGUUGGCAAUAAUUGGCCCUAGACUCAAGUUCCUCUCUCCAGACGAUGUGGGUUACCCCGACUGCAAGGACGACCCUGUGGACUGGACCGACAACGAGGCAUGGCUUCAAGGCUUACGACGACCGUCAUCGCCAGACGAAAUGGAAGUACUGGACAGAAAGCACACGUAUCAAGUUCAGGGAAUCAGCGACGUCUGGCCAAACCCGGGCUACCCAUGGCUUCGUGGGCAGACACUGCCGCGGCCGCAAACUGAAGCCGACCAGGCUGCUGAUGAAGUGAACGAACGCGCAGCAACAGCUGGACAAUCAGCUCAGCCGGCAAUUUCAACAUCUCUCGAACCUCAAAGCAAUCAUAUCAAUGAAAGGUCAGCAAAACAAACAGCUUCAGUGGCGGUCGGCAAAGACGGAGAAGCCUACGAGUCGGGCGGGACAAGCUACAAAAAUGAACGAAAGCGAUCACGACAAAUAUCGCCUCUGGACAGUCAUCCGCGGCCAACAUCUUCCCUCCCAGAUGCUCCGGCCAAGUCAACCUGGGGACUGCCAGCCUGUUCGGCCUGUCGAACCGCUAGAGUCAGCUGCGACUCUGCUCAGCCCUGCCAUCGCUGCAGGCGCACCUCCGAACCCUGUCACUUCACCAAUUGCGACAAAGGGGCUGACUGUGUCUAUCCGAACUGUAUCUUCCUCCAUCCUGGACAGGGCGAUCACACCGCUCGCGAGGAGACUAGACCCGCGAAACGAAACCGAACGAUCGAGAGACCGAGAGCCACAGACCGCUACAUUCCGGACCACAGUCGCCCGGAAUAUGUCGUCGAUCGCCGCGUCCAUCGUAGCGUUUGCGCCGCUUGCUGGGAUUCAGGUUCAAGCACCUGUCCUCACAAGAUCAAGGUUACGUUCUUCCGAACGUUCCAGCACAUAGCCAAGUCGACCCGGGGACGAAUCCAUCAUCACCUUCACCCCAACCCUCCGCGAACCCGCCUUCCUCUCUGUCAACUCAACGAUUCGAACCGAGUAUCGCACUGGUCAACAUACGAGUCUGGAGGAGAUGCGAAGCUUCAUGACACUAUUUGCGCAAUUCUGGAAUUCUGUGAGGUGAACGAGAACACCCCCUGGCUCACUCGUGAACUCGGACUCAACUGUCUGAGGGGGUGGCCGUCGCUCGAAGCAUUGUGA